AUGGCUUCUGAUAGAGCACAAAUAAGAGUAAUAACAGUAAAGAUGCGACCUGUUUUGUCAGUGACACUGUCAACUCGGUCUUCACAUCCGACAAUGAUGCCAACUUGGCUAGAUCACAUAACUUUGCUGGAAGUGAAGCCAACUGUCAACAAGGAGAGCAAGUACGCUUCGCUGCUUCGUUCCAGCAAGAAGAACAAGGAGAACGAGGCGAGGGACACUGUCAUUAACUACCGCACCCUGGACCGCCUCCAUCACCGCGUCUCCGACCGCUUCAUCGACCCGCGGGCCGACCCCAGGCUCCUAGGGGAUCCCCGCUUCGACCCCAGGCUAGUGGACCCCAGGGUGAUGGAUCCCAGGCUGUUAAACCCCAGGGUGAUGGAUCUCAGGGUUCUGGGUCUCCCGGACCCGAGGUUGGACGCCAGGCUGAUGGAACUGGACCAGGAGGUGGAGGAGGGUGUGGAGACCGUCAGUGAACCGCACUUCGAACCUGAUUUCAGGCCAGAGUUCACGAGGCCCCGAAUGGAACCAGAGUUCAAACCGCGAAUUGAACCGGAUCUCAAACUCCGAAUGGAACCGGAUCUCAAACUCCGAAUGGAGCCGGAAGUGAAGCCUCGGCACGAAGUAGACCUGAAGCCUCAAACUGAGGCCCGACCGGAGCCUAACUCGCGCGAGCUGCGGCCGCCGCCGCCUCCGCGAGAGUCGAGCCGGGAACGCGAGGUGGACUUGCGCGAACGCCUCGAACGCAUGGAGGCUCGCCUGGCCCGUCGCGAACCCGACGGUCGCGAGCGCUACGUGGAACGCUACGUGGAGCAGCUCGCCCGCGAGAAGGAGCACAACAGCUGCGGUCCCGCACCGGCGCUGGAGAUGGUAUCCCGCCGCAAGAUACUGGGUCGAUCCCAAGAUAACCUCAACGUCGACCUGCCCUUCCAGGACGACGAGGAAGAUGUCUGGUACAAGGUCGACAAGCUCUUCAAGGUUAGUCUUGUAGUGUAGUGGGUGGAGCAGUAGUACUAGUCGGUGGAGCAGUGGUACUAGUGGGUGGAGCAGUGGUACUAGUGGGUGGAGCAGUGGCACUAGUGUGUGGAGCAGUGGUACUAGUGGGUGGAGCAGUGGCACUAGCGUGUGCAGCAGUGGCACUAGUGGGUGGAACAUUGGUACUAGUGGGUGGAGCAGUGGUAUUAGUGUGGAGCCGUGGUACUAGUGGGUAGAGCAGUGGUACUAGUGUGUGGAGCAAUGGUACUAGUGAGUGGAGCAGUGGUACUAGUGUGUGGAGCAGUGGUACUACACACAAAUACAUUUUCUUCAAUCUUCCGUCAUACAGUGUUGUAGUAUACAUUAUACAGUACUCUAUCAUAGUUUAGUUUUUGUAAUCUUUUUAUGGUC